AUGUAAAAUGAAGCUAUCUUCAAAGUUUCAGUCAAAUUGGAUGUGACAGGCUUUCGAAAUUUCGCUUAUAUUGAACCGAUAAUGUCACGUAUAACAUGAAAAUGGUUAAACAUUAAACGUUUCUAUAGAAACUUGAACUGAUUCAUUCAUGUAUAGAUCAAACCUGAGAAUCCGUCGCUUUAACAAAACAUUAUUCCUUCGUAUGUGUUUUCGAAAUUAAAAAAUAAAAUGAACAAUCGUCCACUUGAAUUAGUUCCUCCACCUCCAUUAAAGUUUACUUUAUAUCAGUGGCAUCUAAAUAAUCGUCAUAGGUAUCGAUGUUCGGAAGCACAGCAAGAAUUAGCAGAUCGAUUACUUAAUGAAUCUCAACGUAUUUGUGAAUUGAGUUCUGAAACAGUAAAAAAUAAUAAAGAAGAAACAGAUCAUAGACUUAAAGAAAAAAUUGGAGAUAUAGAAUUCCGUAAAAAGGAACUAUUACGUAUAAGGAAAGAAGUUAUCCUUGAAAUUGAUACUUUAUCGAUAUAUAAGGAACGUAUUAUGGAUGCUUUAUCAUCCAUAAGGAAAAGUGCUCUUAUUAUUUGCGAAAAGUGUCUCGUUUUUAGAGAACAAAGAUUAGGAAUUGAUUUAGUUCAUGAUGACGUUGAAAAAGAAUUGAUAAAAGAAUGCGAAGUAAUUAGGGGUGUCGAAAAUUUAUUAGUUCGAACUUUAGAACAAACUCAAGAACAAAUACGUCGAUUAAAAGCGACACUUUAUUAUAUGGAUCACGAACUUGAGGAUAAAGAAAAUAAUUUACGUAUUGACAAACAUAAUUUAACAUUAAAAGAAACUAGUUUAAAUUUAAGCAUUUAUCAUGGCAGUUCACGACUUGAUCCAUCAACUAUCGAAUUGAAUGAAUGGGAAAUGCAAACUAAUAACAAUAUCAUGACAGCUUCGAAAGAAGUAAAUUGUGCUAUAACUUUGCGUUGUUAUAUCGAUACGAUUAUAAAACAAGCAAUUGAUGAUCUAAAUGAACAAAAAAAUGCUACUAACGAAGCUUUCAGACGCCGCAUCGAAGAAACCAAGGAAGCAAAAACAAAAUUAGAAUUACAGCAUUCUGAGAUAAUGCGACAAGCAGAAGAAAUGAAGGAGAAUAUUACGCGGAUAGAAAAAUCAAUUGCAGAAAAAGAAUGUUUCUUAGCUUUGGCUCAUACGAGACUCGGUAAUCGUUGUCAAAGACCAGGAUUAGAACUUACACGAGAUCUAGUCGAAAAUAAUCUUGUAAAGGAAGUAUAUGAUUUACGGAAUGUUACGUCUAAAUUGCAAACAACUAUGUUUGAGGCUCAGGCAUCAUUGCGUUAUUUACUGAAAACACAAAUUCAGAUCGAAGAAGAUAUUAAUGUUAAAACAAAUACAUUAAAAAUUGAUGAAGUCGAUUGUAUGACUCUUCGUCAGAGUAUGUUCUACCAUGUAUAUUGAAAUUAAUUCAAAUAUUGAAUAACCCAUUAAAAUUUUUAUAUGAUAAAAUAUAAAAAAUAAUACAGUAUUUUUUAUGCAAAUUAAAAAUAUAAAAAUUAAGAUUAUAUUACAAUUUUCGUAUAUAGAAAAAAAAAUUAAUUGAAUAUAUCAUUAGAAACAAAGACAUUAUAUAAUUUAAUAUGAUAUUUGAAAUUGUAUUUUGUAUUAAUCUCAGACAAAUAAGUAUUUAUGAUAUAUGUAAUAUAUACAUAUACUUUUCAUUAGUUUGUAGAUUGUGCUUCAAUAAAAUGCUACUAUUGGAAGUUCA